AGCCCCCACAAGACGAUGGUUAAGUUUCAUCUCCGACUGCUUGGGCUGUACUGUUCGUGUGUGUGUGAGCACGCACAGGAGUGUCUACGUUCACGCAUCAAGAUGCUUAUUCCCAAGAAAAAUCGAGUGUCAAUCUAUGAGUAUUUGUUCAAGGAGGGUGUCCUUGUUGCAAAGAAGGACCCCUUUGCAGCAAAACAUCCCGACAUUGAUGUCCCAAAUCUGCACGUGAUGAAGGCUUUGACCAGCCUGAAGUCCAAAGGAUUUGUCAGGGAACAGUUUGCCUGGAGGCAUUACUACUGGUAUUUGACAAAUGAGGGCAUCCAAUAUCUGAGGGAGUUCCUACAUCUGCCUGCUGAAAUCGUCCCCGCUACUCUGAAGAGACAGACACGCACAGAAGCCCCGAGACCAACCAGGCCCAAAGGAGGCCCUGAGGGACCCAGAGCUGGAGCAGCUUCAGACCGCGCUGAAUACCGUAAAGCUGGCCCACCUGGAGGAGGUGACAAGAAGUCUGAAGUUGGCGCUGGAUCACAACAAUUUGAAUUUAGAGGAGGAUAUGGUCGCGGCCGUGGUGGAUUCUCUGGUGGAGCACCAAGUGGCCAGUGAAUGGGGAGCUUUGUGCUGUAAUUAUGGGGAACUUUUAAAAAUACACUGUGCUGUAUAACUUA